UAAAUGAAUUAUUUUUUUUUUGCAGCUGCAGAACCUGGAGGCGCGACUUGAUAUGCUCAGCGGUUGACAUCAUUGUUUGGGGUUGUGGUCCUUUGCUUCUGUUGGUGUUUUGCCCGGCCUGCACAAGCUCCCUCGCAGAUGAUGUGAUGGCUGCUGGAGCUGCAUGCUGACGCGACGGAGACUCGCGUUUUCUCCAGACGAAAACCAUCCCCGGAAAAACAGGGCCCCACGCACCGAGUAAAAUUUGGCCUGAUUCAAACCUGGCCCUUGAGUCGGAUUUAAUUUUGGCCCAGCAGGGGCGGAAUCAAUUCGAAUUAAAUCGAAAAAAAAAUAUCCCAGGAGGGGGAAUUAAAAAUAAUUAAUUUCCGGGUCCGGCCCCGCGGGCUGGGUCAGGAUUUCAUGUGUGAUUUCCCUGUCAAAUUUUUUGGGCGCGUUUUUUUUCGAUUAAUUCGUUUAAUUCGUUUUUUUCCGGGCGGGAAAAACGAAUUUUUUUCCCGCCCAGUGAGAUUUUUUUAUUUUUCCCCCCCCGUGGGCCCCGGGGUGAGGCCUGUGGUGGCGGAUUUAAUUCAGGCCCGAAUUAAUUCUGUUUGGGCCAUUGGCUUGCGGCUUUUCUCGCCGAGCCGCAUUCUUGUGUGAAAGCGUAAGAAGCGACCUCCCCUACUCGGCGCUCGCGCCCAGUAAAAAACUCAGCUGGAGAUCCGGCGCACAAGCAAAUGUAUGUCGGAGACGCGUCCGCUCGUUGACUACUUCUCGGCGAAUUGAUCCCGUCCAACAUAUCUGCUGAUCAUUGUUGUCGGCGCCACGCUGCGCCCUCUGUUUGCAAAUUUUCUUAUUCAUUCAAUUCAAAUAACUCAUCUUGGUAAUUUUUACCUCUUGAUUUUAUGUCUGUCCGAGCCUCGCCCUUUUCCGGUAGCGUAGCCGGGACCUGAUGACUGUGAGGGUGAGCCUCUUCCCGUUCUGGGUUGAAGUUUAUUUCCUCUCUCUCUUGUCCUCAGGGAGUAACGCCCCUGCCGUUGGUAGUAAGUUUGGUCCAUCCGCCUCAGGAAAGUCUCUUUUAUCCGCUUGUCGGAAAGUCUGGUCUCAUCCGCUUUGCGGAAAGUUUGGUCCAUCCGCCUCAGGAAAGUCUCUUUUAUCCUCUUGUCGGAAAGUCUGGUCUCAUCCGCUUUGCGGAAAGUUUGGUCUCAUCCGCUUGGCGGAAAGUCUGGUCUCAUCCGCUCUGUGGAAAGUUUGGUUAUCCGCUUGUCGGAAAGUCUGGCCUCAUCCGCUCUGCGGAAAGUUUGGUUAUCCGCUUGUCGGAAAUUCUGGUUUCUUCAUCCGCUUUGCGGAAAGUUUGGUUUAUCCGCUUGUCGGAAAGUUUGGUCUCACCCGCUUUGCGGAAAGUUUGGUUAUCCGCUUGGCGGAAAGUCUGGUCUCAUCCGCUCGGCGGAAAUUUCUGGCUAUAGAUCCGCUUGGCGGAGAGUUUCGUCUCAUCCGCGCGGCGGAAUGUUUGGCGCAAUCCGCUUUGCGGACAGUUUUGGGUAUCUCUGGUUUAUCCGUGGUGCGGACAGUGUUGGCAGCCCAGAUUGUAUUCUCGUUGGCGAUAGCAGCGAGAGUACGGAAUCAUGCGGUCUCGCCUUGCUUUGGGAAGGAGGGUCGUUUGGCACUGGCGGUUCGAACCCGUUACCCUUGCGAACUUUUUCCCAAGCCAAGGCCCUUGGCUUUCUUUGGUCUUCUUAUCCUUUGAUCCUCUGAUCCCAUUGCAAUGCGAGGCCGCAAGGCUAUCGGUUUUUUUUUUGUCCGCUUUGAGCUGUCCACAUCCACUUCGGGUGCAUACCACUGGUCGGUCCGUCGUCAUCGCUACGCCUUCGUCUAUGGGGCGCACCGGUUCUCCCAAAUUCAUCGUCUGGCCGCAGGCGUCGCGCCGGGUUCUUUGGGUUGCUUCGGCGUACCGGCCUCCGCCGGUGGGGUAGGUGCUUCCAGGGCGCCUCCUCGUGCGACGCAGUGGGAGAUGCUCCCAUCGAGCGAUCAUCCAUCGGGUGAUCCUUCCGCCGUGACUGCAUAAAAUGCAUGCCCGGGCAGUAGCAGGCUAGCGAGCCUGUGAGCCUAGGCUGAGGCUGGACGGGCGAUAUUUUAUGUCUGUCCGAGCCUCGCCCUUUUCCGGUAGCCGGGACCUGAUGACUGUGAGGGCGAGCCUCUUCCCGUUCUGGGUUGAAGUUUAUUUGCCCACCCGCCCUCCCGGUUAGUUUUACGAGAUGAGCCAGUGGUCUGGGUCGGUAGUUACUUCGGAUGGGUCGCUGGGCCUCGCGCCGCUCCAAUCUGUGUUGGGGUAGGACAGAGGUCGCAAGAUAUCUCCCACGGCGGGGGUAGGUGCUUCCAGGGCGCCUCCUCGUGCGACGCAGUGGGAGAUGCUCCCAUCGAGCGAUCAUCCAUCGGGUGAUCCUUCCGCCGUGACUGCAUAAAAUACAAAAGACGGAGUAAGUUUCUUUGCUCUGAGGAUUUGCAUUUCGGCUUCUUAG